AUUAUAUUAUUUAUUUAUUAAGUUAAGUGAUUAAGAAACACAAGUAGUGCGGUAUAGAAGACGACAAACUUUAUUGUACUCGCCAAGGGAGGAAAAAAGACGGAUUCAUAUUUUUCAUUAUGUUUACAGACGAAAGACUAGAACCUGUAGAAUUCAAAUCAUGUUGGAAAAAAGAGAUAUACGUGUCUGAUGCUGGCGCUCAAACACAAGAUCUACAAGUGAAGGAUGCUGUUUGCCAAUCUUUUUAUGCCAACGAGGUGGGGACACAGACAGAGAGGGACAGUCAAAUAAAGCUGACUUUGGCCAAAGUUGAUGAUGAAAGUCUAGCUGCAUUCUUGCGCUCUGUAGAACCUCUUUUUACCAAAUGCAUUAAAAGCAACAACAAAAGCAGAGCUUUUGAAGGUUUAGAGAAACACCCUGAAAAUGAAGCUGCUUCAGUCACAUGUACACAUACGUUGUCCUACAGCGAACUCAAUGGAGAGUUGCAGGUAACAGGACUAUCGUGGAAUGCCACUGGUAGCACUCUAGCUGCUUCAUUUGGACGGUUUGACCAUGAGGACUGGUGCACUCACAAAGCAGCUGUGGGCACUUGGAACUUGGAUCGACAUGGCGUAAAGGAAGACAGACCUGACUCAGUCAUUGACUCCUCUUGUUGUGUGAUGUGCCUGCAGUUCCACCCAGAGAAUCCGGCAUGGCUAGCAGGGGGAAGUUUUAAUGGAGAAGUGCUGUUGUGGGAUCUUAGCCAGGAAGAUGAUUUGCUCUUAGCCACAUCUGGUAUUGGAGAUGAUGCUCAUCGAGAACCUGUUGUUCGUGUUCUCUGGAUCACAGACACAACUAAAAAGACACAACUUAAUAUUAUAAGCAUUGGAGGUGAUGGGAAAAUUCUGAUCUGGAAAGUUGAUCAGAAGAAAAGAAAACUGAGACUGAUUGAUGGAUUUGUUGUGAUGGCUCAGAGUUUGCCACCCAGCAUGAAGGUGCGAGGUGUCCGUGGUGACAAAGAGAUUAGCCUCACAAGCAUUGUGUUCAGUCAUGAAGAUUCAGACACAUUUCUGGUUGGAUCUGAGAGUGGCUGCAUUUUUAAGUGCAACAUUCAUGCUAAAGGCAACCCUGCAGGCAGUCAUGUUGCAUCAUCAGUGCCACUUCGAUCACCAGUAACUUUCACUUACCACCCUCACCAUGGUCCAGUUCAGUCAGUAGACUGCUCUCACUAUAAUCGACAUGCUUUCCUAACCUCAAGCAUGGACCAGUGCCUUAGGGUGUACAACAUGCUGCAGGCUCACCCAGUUCUAAUUAUCGAACCCGGAGAAGGCUAUCUUUUCUCAUGUGCCUGGUCACCUGCUAGCCCUACUCUUCUGGCCACCACAACAGAGAGUGGUUAUCUGCUGCUGUAUGACCUUGGUUCUGGAAAGUUAGUGCCUAUCCACCGCAUUGAGGCCAGUCCCUCCAAACAGCCAGUCUUUACACUGCAGUUCAAUUCUAAACAAAGUCAGCUGUUGGCAACUGGGGAUGGAGUGGGCUUCAUUCGUGUGUUUACCUUGAGCAAAGAUCUACUGUCCUCCACAAGUCAAAAGGUUGAACAGCUGGCAAACCUGAUCACUAUGGGAGCAGAAUGAGAAGACUGCUGCAAAAUAUCAAGCUAUCACACCUCAUCCCAGUGCUGCUUCUGGAAAUUUCCUUCAAAAUCAUUUAAGUGAUAAUUACAUUUGGCAAUUUACUGAUAAGAUAUUAGUACAAAAAAAAAAACACUCAACACUACACCAUAUGUUAAUAAAGAAAGUGAAAAAGGGCUUGAUAUGACCAAGAUUUAUGAUAGCAUUUGAGGAAUGUUUACAUGAUCAGCAAUUCCAUUAAGCAUAAACUAACAGCAUGUAUAUUACUGCAAACAGGCAUGUAUCCUAUGGUUUUAAGAGAUGACAGAAAAUAUGAAAAUUGAAGUAUUGAUAGUUUUGCAGCUUAAAGAUACAAUGGUGUACUUAAAUCAUUGAAUUCAGCUGCCAAUGCUACAGAUUUAAAAUGUAAGUUAAAAAUUGUAAUAUAACUUAAUAUAACCUGUGAUAACUUUUGUUAAGUAGUAAAGAUGAUUCUCAACAAUGA